AUGGCCCGCCUGAAUGAUCCACCGGUCUUUGACCGUUUGGACCAGUACGAUUUCGAUGACGACCCUGGCCAAUACGUGCCAAGCCAAGUCUUCAUGCCAAACGCCAUGUCGGACUGUUUUCCGAACCUUUUCGGGAUUCGAGAUGUGUCUGAUGACAUGAGCCGCUUGACAAUGGAGCCGUCUGCACACAAUGUUGUCGUCUACGACUACUCACUUCCCUUGAGAAAGCAUUCAAUUUUGCACCAACCUCAGUUGUCUGCAACGACAUCCCCCUUUGUAUGGAUGCCGAACUGCUGCAACCAAGACGCCUUCAUCAUCUCCGAGGAUGCCCCCCUCCGAGAUUCAGACCACGACCUCACAAUGUGUGACGUCGCCAACAAGGACCCAAUCCUUACUGCAUCGUGGCUUCGGCCUACUCAGCGUCUAGUUUGGACGCAGGAGACAGACGGUCAUCUAAGGAUUGGAAGACACUGCCUCGAGUCUCCAAAGCCCAAUCUGUUGGAGCACUUCGAUGGCAUCACCCAGACCUUGUCGGUUGCUGUUGGCCAAGGACCUGAGUACGUCGUAAAACUUCUCGAGGGGACAUCUAACCUUGAUGACACCAGCUUACUCGCUCACACACAACCAUCGCCAUUUGUGAACCACUACGCUCAGCUGAUUGCCGAGUACACUACCAUCUACGACCACCAUUAUAACCACUUUUACCAGCAACCUUCAACUUCUGAGACGGAGUUGACCGAAAUGUCUGUUACAACCAUUAGCGGUGACAGACAACUAAGCGAUACUACUACAACCCAACCCGAGAUUGACGCCAUUCUUACCACCAUGGCAGUUACUCCCUCAGGUUGGCCCUCUGCGGGCCAGCCGAGAUGUGCUGCACCCCACGACCUUAUGGAUAACACGUUUGUACAAGGCUCGCCGCUCUCCGACCUCUACGAGGCCCCGGACGAGACGGACGACUGGGCCAUGCUUAUGCAGCAAGAUAUGCUCGCCACUGGCGACUUUAACAACAUGGACUACAACUUCCCAGCGGAGACCAACUACCCCCAGACCAUCAGCUCCCCAGAGGACAUUUUUAACGACCCUCUUGUCCAGUUUGACGUCGAGCAGAGCCUCCAGGGCGACUUGUUCGCUCUCAACGGCCCCCUGCCAGACCUCUCGACUUCGGACUACCUCUCGGGCACUGACCAGGUCUCCGUCUCCUCCUACCUUGGAAGUGCAAACACAUCCCCCUUCGAGCCAUCCCUCGAUUUCUUCCCGGACGCUUCUCUGCAGGCCUACGGUAGCGCCUACGGUAGCGUCUCCGGCUCCCCCUUUGUCAACACCACCUCCCCCUCCAGCUCGGACGCCGAGUACCCCUACCGCUGCACCACCGACAACUGCACAAAGACCUUCCGCAAGGAGGCCCAACUGAAGCAGCACCAGCGCGUCCACCGCAAGGCCCUCGUCUGCCCGAUCUGCCGUGCCGAGCGUCACACCGAGCACAAGUUCGCCCAGGUCCGCGACCUCGAGCGGCACCUGCAGGCGCGGCACCCGGAGGUCGCACAAAAGGCCAACGUCCGCUCCGAGAUCCGGGAGUGCCCCCACCCCGGAUGCGAUUAUCAGAGCCGGAGGGACAAUGUGUCGAGGCAUCACGAGAGCAAGCACGGGAAGAAGCUCAAGUGGAGGAAGAACGUUCCUCACGUGGUGGAUUGA